AUGUCAAACAGCCAAUACACCUUUGUCGUUGAGCAUCUCGACCCAGAACUCGGACCCUGGUCCGCCCUGGAAUACAAGGCCAUUGCGAAAGAAUCACGACAAGCCGGAUGCCGUUUCAUCCUGUCUUCCCUACCCGAGUCCUUACUCAAAUCAGAGGAUUUGAAAGAUCUGGUAGCAUUGGAUGCAGGGGCUGAGUCAGAAAGCAUCGAGACCUCCUUAGCCCACAAAAAGGACAAGAUUUGCCUGCUUGAUCCGGCGGCGAAACAGGAACUGCAUCCUACCGAUGCUGCCGUUUUCGAGAUCUUUUUGUUUGGUGGUAUUUUAGGAGAUGAUCCCCCGCGAGACCGCACCAGCGAGUUGCGAAAAAAGGGCUUUUCGGGCCGUCGCUUAGGUCCUGUACAGAUGACUACAGAUACAGCCGUCAGGGUCACUCGCACGGUUAUCCUUGGCCAAACGCCUCUGGAUAAGAUCCCCUAUGUCGACUUUCCGGAGCUAAAGGUGGAUGAACACGAGUCCACAGAGAUGCCUUUCCGAUAUGUCGCCGACAAUACUGGCAAACCGAUCAUGCCCGAAGGGAUGAUAGAGCUCAUCAAGGCCGAUGCGGACAAAGCCUUCGACAAUCUCGAGUUUGCGGACGAAGUGACUGGCCUCGACCAGCUGGAAGUCAGACCUUGA